UAUAGCUGAGAACGCCAAGUUUUUCUUCAACGAUUGAACUCUCAUAGAGCACGGGAACUAAUAAUUUAUCUUUGGGGAGUGAAUUUAAGCUUGGUGUGAUUGAUUGGUUGAUCGUGACCCAGAAGAAAUAAAGCGACGAUGAACCCUAUAGAAUCGGUGGUCACGCAAAUCCAAGGGCUAUCGAGCAGCGCCACAGAUGUCUCUGUGCUUAAUACUUACUUGAAACAGGCAGAAGAGUCGCUUUAUACCGAGUCCACUCGGUUAUUGCCAUUCCUCGACCAUCUUGACCCGUCCAUACAUUCUCUCGGUUACCUCUAUAUACUAGACGCAUGCACAUCGGGUCCAAUUUCUAAAGAGCAAGCCAAAACAUUGGUCUUAAUCUUUGCCAGGUUCAUCACUUCUUGUGUUGCAGACCAGAUUCGUUUGGCGUCUGAUAAGUUCAUAUCUGUUUGCAAGAGGUUUAAGGACCAAGUUAUGCUGCUUGAAGCACCUAUGCAGGGGGUAGCUCCAAUGCUAUCUGCUGUACGAAAGCUCCAGUCUUCAUCUGCACAUUUGACCGCUUUGCAUCCAGAUUUCCUUCAGCUUUGCUUAUUGUCAAAGUGCUAUAGAACUGGUUUUUCUGUACUGGAGGAGGAUAUUUUUGAGGUUGAUCAGCCUAGGGACCUGUUUCUCUAUUGUUAUUAUGGAGGAAUGGUGUGCAUUGGACAAAAACGCUUUCAAAAAGCAUUAGAGCUUCUGCAUAACGUUGUUACUGCUCCUAUGUCUUCUAUAAAUGCUAUAGCUGUUGAAGCUUACAAAAAAUAUAUAUUGGUUUCUCUCAUUCACCGGGGACAGUUCUCUGCCAAUCUCCCUAAAUAUGCUUCCUCAGCAGCUCAGAGGAACCUGAGGAACUUCUGUCAGCCAUACAUCGAAUUGGUAAAUAGUUAUACCACUGGAAAAAUUGCAGAACUAGAGACAUAUGUCCAGACAAACAGGGAGAUGUUUGGAAGUGACAAUAAUCUUGGACUGGUUAAGCAGGUUGUAUCAUCUAUGUAUAAGAGAAAUAUACAGAUAUUGACCCAGACAUAUUUGACUCUCUCCCUCCAAGAUAUAGCCAACACGGUGCAACUCAAUAGCUCAAAAGAGGCAGAAAUGCAUGUGCUUCAGAUGAUCCAAGAUGGUGAAAUAUAUGCAACAAUCAACCAAAGAGAUGGGAUGGUUAGAUUCCUAGAAGACACUGAGCAAUAUAAAACUUGUGAGAUGAUUGAGAAUAUUGACUCCUCAAUACAGAGGAUAAUGGAACUGUCAAAGAAGUUAACUACAAUAGAUGAACAAAUGUCAUGUGAUCCCUUAUACCUAGCGAAGGCUGGGAGAGAGCGUCAGAGAUUUGACUUUGAUGAUUUUGACACUGCUCCUCAGAAAUUUAAUAUAUGAUCAGAGGAGGCUUGUGGACGAGAUGUGGUAAAUGAUGCUAGGCCCAUAUUUUGUUUUAUCUGCACCAUAUUCAAAGAGAUGGGGAAUUUUUCUACUUUCGUAUCAUCAAUGGAAAUUAGUGUAAAUGUCCAAAGUCCCCUUUAUUUUUCUGACUGGAAAAGCAUCCAGUUGUAGUCACUUAAUGCUUCUCAAUCAUGUUGUUUUAUUAUGUAAAAGUGCUUCUUCCCAUUGGAUUAUUCAUUUUUAUCUUUUAUGUCCC